AUGGCUCUCAGUCACAUACUAUCGCGGCGAGGUGGUCCUAGUAACUCCAUAAAAGAGGAAACAAACAAGCCCUUAAAAAAAUCCCCCAGCUAUUUUGGAAGGUUGGCUUCAUUCAGUCUUCUGCGUAAGAAAUCAAAUAUGUCAAUAAGAAAGCAGCCUAUAACGAUAAGAAGAAUAUAUACUGAAGAUGAAAUGGAAAAUUUUGAACUCAAAAACAGCGGUAAAGCAGUUGGUGGUGAUGAAUAUGGUAUUGAUGAAAUACUCUCACCAUAUAGUGAUGAUGUUAGCGAGAUUUGCACUUAUAUAGAGAGAACAUCAGAGAUGUCAAGUGAACAAAGAGAAAAAAAAUUACGCUACGAAGAAAGCAUUGAAUGUUCAACUGUCGAAUUGGAAAACAUCACUGAACAUGCUUUAGAUACAAAGCAGAGAUCGAAGGAUAGUACCAAGGAAAAUGAAACACCUAGUGCUGGCUCAAGUAUUUUUGAGAAAGCUAAUUCCCUAAUGUUUGAAGACGACGCCAUAUCCCAUAGUACUUCAAAGCAUUCAUUUAUACUGUCAAAACAAAAUGACACAGAAAACUACAAUGCCUUGGAUUUCGUGAAGAAUGACCAGUAUAUUGAUACUGGAUCAAUAAAUGAUGCUAACAUUGAAGUGUUUAAAACUCCAGCAAAUAAGUUGAAUGUAAAACUCGUCUCCAGGUCUCCUAUUUUCCGUGGGUCAUCUUCUUCAACAUAUAAACCGGCAUCUCCGAUAAGACCUAUUCUUGACUUGAAAGUUGUUCCAAAUAAUCCUCCAGAUGAUUUAAAUUUCGAUAAAAUUAAUCUAGCACCUAGUAAUGACAAGGAUACUCGUAUACAUCAUGAAAGCAUGUACCUUGCGAAAGGCAACUUUGAAGUUGAUAGUCAUGAUAUAUAUAAAAAUGAAAUGGCAAUGUUGGUUCAGGAACACAAGCUAAUUAUCAGCAAACAUGAAAGAGAAAUCAACUAUCUAAAGGAUUUGUUACAACAAGAAAGGAACAUAAACAAGUUACUAACUGGUAAACAAAUGAAACCCAAUCUGAAGAUUGCAUCUUCACAAAUAAAGAAAAUGAGGCAUAAAUUUAUUCCAAUUGAUAUAUCAGUUGGAUCUGAACCAGGCAUUCCUUAUAAUAAUAGCGAAUCAAAUAAACCUCGGGAUUGUCCAAUUAUAACUAAAGAAGAACAUUCAUCUCCAUUUUUAUCUACAAUGGGUUAUAAGACACCAACGAAUAACUUUGUAAGAGAUAGAACUUUUCCAAUAGCUCCCACAAUAAAUCAUUCUACUCCGGAAGGCAUCUUUUGUACCGGUUUGGAUAGGGAAGCUUUGAAAAAUACAAAGAAGAAGCAAAGAAAGGAUGCGUAUUAUGCUUUGACCCAUAAUACUUUGAAUGACGAUAAAGCAGAAAUAGACUUCGCUCACUUGAAGAAAGUUUUUGGAUCUAGUAAAUCAGCAAUGAAAGCACACAAUUCUAUUACGUCUUUCGAUUCUCAUUUAACCACUCCAGAUUUUUCAAAUUCUUCUCUGAUGAUACAUGCCUGA